UGCAGGAAAGUCCUCAGUCCAGUCCUCAUAAGGAUAGUAAAACCAGUGCACGCCGAGCGUUAGUGUGCAUGUUUUAAUUAGACAGACAGACAGGCAGGCGGAGAGACAGACGGGAUAUUCAGUCCGCUGAUUGGAGGAGCAGCAGGAGGUGAACCGGAGUUUGACUCAGUCGCCGGGACCAGCGGAGAGUUUACCGGAGAGGAGCAGCGGCUGUCUGCGGACCUGCAGGCGGAGCGGAGCGGGUUCGGGACUGAGCUCGGACCGCGAGGAGAGGGAUCCCGCUGCGGUUUCCACAGCAGGAUGAAAGCUCAGUUCUGAACAUCACCUCAGUAUGACAUCAUCAGGCCCUGCCCUAUCCUCUCUCCCCCUCCACCAUCAUCAUCAUCCUUAUUACCUUCAUAUCUUCUUCUGCACUUUCUACCAACACCAUCUGUGGCCCCGCCUCCUGCUAUCUCUCUGCCUCUGGACUGGUGGGCAAGUGGUCCAGGUGAGCGCUUCUCACCAGCACUUCCACCCCCACUCCAUAAAGAUACCAGGUGACAUCACUCUGGGCGGGCUGUUCCCCAUCCAUGCCCGCGGACCCCACGGUGUAAACUGCGGGGAGCUGAAGAAGGAAAAGGGGAUCCACCGCAUGGAGGCCAUGCUGUACGCUCUGGACCAGAUUAACAGCGACCCUGAGCUGCUGCCAAAUAUCACACUUGGGGCCCGGAUCCUGGACACCUGCUCCAGAGACACCUACGCUCUGGAACAGUCACUCACCUUUGUUCAGGCUCUUAUCCAGAAAGACACAUCCGACAUUCGCUGCUCCAAUGGCGAGCCGCCCAUCAUCCGUAAGCCGGAGAGGGUGGUGGGAGUGAUCGGAGCAUCAGCCAGCUCUGUGUCGAUCAUGGUGGCCAACAUCCUGCGGCUUUUUGAGAUCCCUCAGGUGAGCUAUGCAUCCACAGCUCCAGAGCUCAGUGAUAACAACCGGUACGACUACUUCUCCAGGGUGGUUCCUCCGGACUCGUACCAGGCUCAGGCCAUGCUGGACAUCGUCAAAGCCCUGGGCUGGAACUACGUGUCCACCCUUGCCUCAGAGGGUAACUAUGGAGAGAGCGGAGUUGACGCCUUCAUGCAGAUCUCCAGAGAGGCUGGUGGGGUGUGUAUCGCUCAGUCGGUGAAGAUUCCUCGCGAGCCAACAGCUGGAGAGUUUGACAAGAUCAUCAAACGUCUGAUGGAGACGAGUAAUGCCAGAGGCGUGAUCAUUUUUGCCAAUGAGGAUGACAUCAAGCGUGUCCUUGAGGCAGCAAAACGUGCUAACCUGACGGGCCACUUCCUGUUUGUGGGGUCAGACAGCUGGGGUGCGAAAAGCUCACCGGUCACUGAGCUGGAGGAUGUUGCCGAGGGUGCAGUCACCAUCCUGCCAAAGCGGGCUUCGAUUGACGGGUUUGAUCAGUACUUCAUGACUCGCUCCCUGGAGAACAACCGCAGGAACAUCUGGUUUGCUGAGUUCUGGGAAGACGAUUUCAGGUGUAAACUGACCCGGCCUGGAAUCAAACUGGACCCCGAUAAGAAGAAAUGUACAGGUGACGAGAGGAUCGGACGGGACUCGCUCUACGAGCAGGAAGGAAAGGUUCAGUUUGUAAUCGAUGCGGUCUACGCCAUGGCUCACGCUCUGCACAACAUGCACCAGGAUCUGUGUCCCAGCAGCUCCGGAGUCUGCAACAACAUGGACCCUGUGGAGGGACAAGUGCUGCUCAACUACAUCAGAACCGUCAACUUCAAUGGAAGUGCUGGUACAAGUGUUUUGUUCAACGAGAACGGAGACGCUCCCGGACGCUAUGACAUCUUCCAGUUUCAGAUGACCAAUCACAGCCACCCUGGCUACCAUGUCAUCGGCCAGUGGACCAACAAUUUGAGACUCAAUCUGGAGGAGAUGCAGUGGUCUGGAGGGGAUAGAUCCGUUCCAGAGUCCAUCUGUAGUUUUCCUUGUAAACCAGGAGAAAGGAAGAAGAUGGUGAAGGGCGUUCCUUGCUGCUGGCACUGUGAGCUGUGUGAUGGGUAUCAGUACCAACUGGAUGAGUUUAACUGUGAGACCUGUCCGUCAGACAUGCGGCCGGUCCCCAACCGAACCGCCUGCCGUCCCACUCCGAUCAUCAAACUGGAGUGGAACUCUCCCUGGGCCCUAGUGCCUGCCUCUCUCGCUAUGCUCGGUAUCCUGGCGACCAGCGCUGUGGUUAUCACCUUCAUCCGUUUCAAUGACACGCCCAUUGUCAGGGCGUCAGGGAGGGAGCUCAGCUAUGUACUGCUGACAGGUAUCUUCCUGAUCUACCUGAUCACCUUCCUGAUGAUUGCGGAGCCAGGUGUGGUAGUUUGUGCAUUCCGGCGCCUCCUGCUGGGCCUCGGCAUGGCCAUCACCUACUCUGCCAUGCUGACCAAAACCAACCGCAUCUACCGCAUCUUUGAACAAGGCAAGAGGUCGGUGACCCCGCCCAAAUUCAUCAGCCCCACAUCCCAGCUAGUCAUCACCUUCAUCCUCAUCUCUGUCCAGGUCCUCGGUGUGUUUGUGUGGUUUGGCGUCGUCCCCCCUCACACCAUUAUCGAUUAUGACGAGCUCCGCCCUCCGAACCCUGACCUGGCCCGGGGCAUCCUGAAGUGUGACAUGUCUGACUUGUCAAUCAUCUGCUGCCUCAGCUACAGCAUCGUUCUCAUGGUAACGUGUACGGUGUACGCCGUGAAGAGUCGCGGCGUUCCAGAGACGUUCAACGAAGCAAAACCAAUUGGCUUCACUAUGUACACAACCUGCAUCGUCUGGCUCGCAUUCGUACCCAUCUUCUUUGGUACCGCACAGUCCACCGAGAAGAUGUUCAUCCAGACAGCCACUCUGACCGUCUCCAUGUCUCUCAGUGCGUCCGUCUCUCUCGGGAUGCUCUACAUGCCCAAAGUUUACGUCAUCAUUUUCCAUCCCGAGCAAAACGUCCAGAAGAGGAAGAGAAGCUUCAAGGCUGUUGUCCAGGCUGCCAGAUUGUCUCAAAAAUCUACAAGUGACAAACAGAAUGGAGAGACAAAGAUCGAACCUGACAGAACGCAGUAAUGCUGCAGUAAUACUACAAACUAAAGGUAGCUGUGGACCAAUCCCCAUGCAGAGCCUGAUGACAUCAUCAUGAAGAUCACAUGGUCUCUCUCACACACACACACACACUCAGAACAACAAUACACUCAAGUGCAUAAUAUUAUGUCAAAAUGAACCUAUCUGCAGGAGCAUCAGGAGUUCCUGUGGGGUCAGACAGAAAAUCUUCAUCGCUCAUUUGUGAAACUUAAAUACGAACAGGAAAUGUUACAGAGACGUGUGCUAAUUGGCUCAAAUGAUUGGCUGAAGCAUAACAUUCCUCAUUAUGUUGACGAUGCUCUGUUGUCACUAAAGAGAUAAUAUCAGUGAGGCCAAAAAGUCACGGUGGAUCCUCUAACAUCUCAGAGAGGUCACGUUGAAGCACCUGUAGCCUCUCCCUUUGAUUAAAGCCACACGGUGACCUUUCCACAGCUCUCAGAUAACAAGGUAAACCUGAGAACUUCCUUUCUGAAAACAACCUACAACUUUACAAUACAAACAGAAGGUUUUUGUCUCAUAGAAGAGAAAACCUGAAUGGGUUAAACUGGUCUACAGUCCUGUUUGUGGCAUAUCCUGUGGUCAGUCUGAUUGGCUCGGCUGUUCAUCCCAAGGUUCACCACCCCCCCUACUUUCAGAUAAAGCAACACCAGGAGCCUCAUUCAUAACCAUUACAUACGCACAAAACUAGGCCUGAAACAGGAUGGCACACGUAAUAUUUGUGAUCUAAACUCUCAUUUUGGAGACGAGGGAAGAUGAAACUGAAAUACGACACAUUUUAUUUCUCACUUUCAUCAUUUCAACUUAUUCCUAAACACUGAAAUCAGUCAUUUUAUCAUCAUUUUCUCCUGCAUUAAACCUUUCAACUAUAAAUCAACCAGCUUAAACUUCAAAUCAAAUUCUGUUUACCAUGGUCUCACCAUCACACUCACCAGCCCUGGAGUGCAGAUGAGAGGCCCAGGCUGUAUGCUGUGACACUCAACAUCAGUUCUCGGAAAAGGUAAACCUGAGGAUUUCCUGCCAGGACUGUUUCGUUUUUUUUAUUCCUUUUACACUAAUUAUAUUUGGUGAUAUAGCUCUGUUCUGGGACACGUCCGCUCUUAAAAGCAAAUAUGUGUAAAGCCUAAAGGCAGAGAACUAAACAGAGCAGCCACCAGUGACAAUGAUUGUUUAAGUCAGAAGGAGCAUGAAAUAGAGGUGCUGGGGUGGUGGUGGGUAUCAAAGUGGCUUGCAGAGAUUUUUCAAAAAAGUUGUGCCGAAUGGCAUGCACUGGAGGGAGCUGAUCUGCUGGGGCUGCUGGCUGAGCUUGACUGAGUGGCAAACCAGAGCUAAUGUUAUGUCUAAUUAGUGGAGUAGCUCAAAUGAAAGGCAUGAUGAUGCCGGGAUGUAGGAUGUUCUUACCUCACGUUAGCUGGCCUAAAAAAAAUACGAUCACCGGCUAUAGAAAACCAAGUCCCAGUUUUAGUGGAUCACAAAACAUUUAAUAGUUGUGAGAUUUUUUUAUUUCAAAAAGGAAUUUUCAUAUUUUCUAUAUUCAUUUCUAUAUUUAAAGACUUUUUUUGUUUUAAUUUUGAAGAAUUCCAAUAUCUCAAAUUAUUGGAAUAUUUCAUUCUGGGUUUAAAUAAAUUAUACUCAGAUUAGUUUGUUACUGAAAAGCUUGGCUGUUCAGAGUGCUGUAUAGAUGCGUAUUAAUGGAAAGUCGGCUGGACGGUAAAGGUAUGGCUGGAAAAAAGGUGCAGAAGCAACAGGGAUGACCACAGCCUCGAAAAGAUUUACAAGAAAAAUCAGUUCAAGAAUAUAAGAGGAGUGGACUGAGGCUGGUGUCAGUGCGUCAAGAAUCACCACUGAUGCGUCAAGUCACUCCUGAACCAACGACAAAACCAUAAGCAUCUUACCUGGUCAAAGGAGAAAAAGAGCUGGACUGUUGAGCAGUGGUCUGGUUUUAGAAGAAAGCACAUUUUGUGAAAGUCCUAUGAUGCUAGAGAAAGUCCCAGAGUCUGGAAGAAGAGGUGAAUCCAAGAUGUUUGAAGUCCAGAGUGAAGUUUGAAGUGUCAUAUUAUCUACUGUUGGUGGUCGCGCACUGUCAGGUGUCAUUCGGUUCAUCUGGACGCAGCAUUUUCAACUGGUAGAACAUUUCUUUAGUCAUCCAAGUGAGUUCUUCAGUUUUCAGCUGACUGCAGGUUUCCCCAGCGCUAUCAACAGUACAGAUUCAGUUGGGUGGCUGUAGCUCAGGAAGCAGAGCAGGUCACCUGCUCCAGUCUGCAUCCCAAAUAUCCUUGGACAAGAUAAUAGCACAUAUUAACAAUCAUGAAACUGAGCUUGUAGUUUGUUAAGCAACGGUGCUAGUUUGGGUUGUAAGAUGGUGAGACAUGUACCCUUAGGCCCCCUCUUUGGUGCAGAGAUGGUCUUUCCCUUUUCAUGUAAACUGCCUCCUCGACUUCCUGUUCAAACUUGUACUCCUUCCUGUCCAGGAUACGCACAUCCUCAUCUCUGAAAGAGUGGUUGGUUGCCUUCAGGUGUAAAUAGACUACAGAGUCCUGGCCUGAUGACGUAUCUCUUCCGUGUUGUGCCAUUCCCUUAGUCAGCGCCUGUUUGGUUUGCUCAGUUCUGGAGAAUCUGAUCCAUGUGCCGGAUCACUUUUUGGCGUGGCGUGUUUUCAGGUUUGAAAGCCACAGAGACCUGAUGUUCUGUAAAAUGUGCACCUCACCUGUUCCAAUACUUCUGACUAUAAUGGCUUCCCAAUGGUAUUCUUUGGGUAUCUUCCUAGUUUUGACACAUGACCAGCUGGGAUAACCACAUUUGAUCAGGGUUUCUUUGAUAGGAUGUUCUUCUGCUUUUCUGCCCACUUUGUCUGUGGCACUGGUGUUCGCUCUGUGUUGCAGAGUCCUGAUGACACCCAAUCUUUGCUCCAGUUUGUGCUGGUUUACAGUGCACAUCAACUUUUCAGUGUUCCCCAGUGGUAAUUUCACAGUCUGAAAAUGCACACCUGUCAUUUUUAUAUCCUCUCUGGUGAACCUGAUGUGUGUGUCCACCAAGUUAAUGUGAUCAGUGAACUGUGGUACAUCCUGAUAUUUGAUUUUCACCCAGGUGUCAUCCACAUACCUGAACCAUUAGCUCGGUGGUGUUUCAGGAAUGGAUAUCAGAGCCCUCUUCUCAACUUUCUCCAUAUGCAAGUUAGUCACAAUAUGGUCAAGUGGAGAACCCAUGGUGCACCAGUGCGUCUGUCUGAAGUCCUGGCACUUGUAUAUGAAAUAUGUAGCUUGAAGUAACAGUUCUCAAAAAUCUAAAACCUAACAUUCAGCCUUGGUUAAAUAAUGCCACCCAAGCACUCAGACAGGUGUGUAGGAGAGCUGAACAAAAACAGAGAAAGGAUAAACUUCUGGUGUCUUUUCAUGUUCUUAGAGAGUCUCUGUUAAAUUAUCAGGCGCGUUCCAGAGCAGUAAAAACAAAGUGUUUGUCUGAUAUUGUUUCUCACAACUGUCACAGACAACUGUGUUUUAUUCAGUAUUAUUAACUCUGUUGUUAAUCCUCCUAAUUCAUUUCUCCUUAUAGAGUCCAAAGCAGUAGAUGAGAAUUUGCUUUUGAUGACAGGAUUGUAAGUAUUAGGUCUCAUAUCAUCCCUCCUGGCUCUGACUCAUCUUUUCACACAUCCUCAUCCUCUGUUGCUUUUGACACUGAGUCUGUGUCUUUGUCAUUGCUGGGUGAGGUAGUUACCCCCUUAAACCCCACGAAAUCUCUCCUGGACACUGUUUCAUCUUGGCGACCGAUGGAUACUUUUGACACUAUAGCAAUGAGUUUACUCGCUAUUAUUAAUGGCAGUGUGGGUGUGUUCCUGCUGAUUUUAAACAUACUGUGGUGGAGUCUGUUGUUUAAAAGCAAAAUCUUGAUCGAACAGUUUUAUCCAAAAGUCCUGGAGAGUGUUGUCUUCCUUCCUCCUUUUUGGAUGAAAGCAGUGUUACUGAAGAGUUUCUGUGUGGUUUUAAAGCACACCACAGCAUUGAACUCUUAAAGGUUUUGAAUCAACUUUGAACCAUUUUAACCAGCGCUUUUAUAGAUCACGGUAUUCCUUUUUUUCCCCUAGAGCACUUUGUCAGAAUGAAAGGAACUGGAAUGGUUUAAAUCUUGUUUUACCAAACAAUUUUGCAGCCUAGGGGUGUAUCUUCCUCAAAAACUCCUCUCUUAUGUGGGGUCACUCAAGAGUCCAAUCUUGGUCAAGUCCUUUUUUCAUUUUUAGAUGCUCCCGUUGGGUUCAGUUUUUAAGAAACAUGGCAAAUCAUUUAAUUGUUAUGCAGACUACUCACAGAUUUACCUGCCACUGAAAUGUAAAGCCAGGACUCCUCUGAAGGUCUUACUGGACUGUCUGGAUGAUGUUAAGACAUGGAUGACUCUAAAUUGUCUCAAUUUAAACAAACAGAAAACAGGAUUGUGUUUAGAAGCCCUCACCUCCAUCACCUCCAUGAAAAGUAGCUGUUCCUAAACUGUUGAACAGAUUGCCCAUUCAUAUCAGGAUCUCGCCAACAGUAGACACUCUAAAAACCCAUUUUUACCCCUCAGCCAUAAAAGGCUGAUGGGGUACUCUCGUCUCCCGCUGGCUGACCGGACACUGUGGACGCCCAGUUUGUGAACUUGAGAACGAGGCAACUUCAAAUCGAUAUCAAAGGUGUAGCUACAAAAAUCUCAGAAAAGUUCAAAUCUUGGUUCAAAACCUCAACAUCAAGGUCAGAGGUCAAGUUUUCUGAAAAUCUUGAGAACUCAAGAAGGAAGUAAACUAGGAUGUUAAAAUUGAUACUAGGAGGCGGAGAGAAAGCUCUGGCAGUUGACAGUAUUUUUAUUCUUUGGCUUUUAAACCGGACUGCGUUACGAUAACUUUUUAUCCAUGCUGUUUUACUUAUCUUCUGAUAUUUUUUUAGAUAUACAGCACUUUUUACAUCUGUUGUUUUCAAAUCUGCUUAUAAAUAAACUUGAUUGGACAGAGACACUUGAUUGGUGUUGAGGGUGGGCUUAAGGUUGGGCUUGCCCUGUAAUCUCUUAUGAACUACUUCCACUGAUCCAGUAACUGUAACAAGUGAAGAAGAUGACCUCAUAAGAGGCCAUUGUUUCAUCUGCCUCUAUGAUGGUGUCGUCCAACGUGAUCCGAAUGUUGUGUUUGGUACGGCACACGAAGCAGUUCAGGACCAACGUCAGAAACUUGGAGAUAUGUGACAGAAAUGAUCAUAUAAAGUUGGGAAAACCACAGUCAGCUGACAUGAGUGAUGAAACAUUGUUCCCAGUGACAAUGCUGAGUCCAGAUGAACGAAAUCAACUUUCUGAGAUUUCCUUAUCUGGAUCAUUGAGUCUACACCAAGACAUCUACCAGGAGGUUUUAAAGUAAUGUUUCCUUUCACAGAGAGCUUUAUGGAGAUGCCAAAUUCCUUUCCCACCAGGACUUAGCACCACUCCCAAUGCUAAAACUGCUACCAAAUGAUUUGCUAAUCAUGUUAUUAUCAUGCUUAAUCAUACAGCCAACCUGCCUGAUCUGGAUCCCACAGAGAAUCUGUGGGAUAUUGUCAAGAUGGGAAAAACCAGACCCACAGAAGGCUGCUGUCAAAGCAACCUGAGCUUCAGUAACAUAUCAGCAGUGCCACAAGAUGAUCACCUUCAUGCCACACUGCAUUGAUGCAGUAAUUCAUGGUUAAAAAAAAACAAACCUCAAAAGAGUACUGUGUAUAUAAAAUAAUAUACAGAAUAUAUAUAGAAUAUAUAGAAUAUUCAAAAGUUUUUGAUUGAAAUUAUAACAAAUUAAUUUUUUGUGAUAUUCAAUGAUUUUUAGAUGCACAGGUAGAUUGUAGUAACACGUGAUCCUGUUAGUUUUCAUUUUGUUUUGUGGAAAAUUACUGCAGUUAACACAACUGUGCUGUCAAAUAAAAAAAUAAAUGAUGUUCAGGUGAGAAUCCAGAGGUGAAGGACACUGUAGUUGUCAUAGUUUCGGAAAGUUGUGGGUCAUUUCCUCUGAUGUAAACGUACAAAUACUGCAGAUAAACUAAUGCGUAAUGAUGGUUAAAUGGUAAACGGACUAGUACUUAAAUGUCACUUUUCUAUUCUUUUCCUCCCUGACAUGUGUGUAAACAUGUUUUAUGAAUGAGGCUCCAGGACUCCUGUUAGCGUAGCAUAGCAUUUAUUUUAUGAGGAGGGCUUUACUUUGAUGGUGAACUCAUGUGAACCAGCAUCAGUUUGAUGUUGGUGCGCAGACUCAGAUCGGUGUGCCAGAUAAUGAUGGUCAGAGGAGUUUGGGAUGACUCACCUUAUAGGUGACCAGGAUUUCUGCACACGCUCAGUAACGUUUAUUCAAUUCAAUUUUAUUUAUACAGCGCUAAAUCCCAACAACAGUCGCCUCAAGGCACAAAUUUUAUCCAGCUGCUGCACAGACUUCAUGUGUUUUAAAUCAGCUACCAUUUGAAGACAAAUAUAUGCAUCAGAACCUAAACACAACUGAAAUGAGCCAAUGACCGCUCAGAGUGGGCGGGGUCAUAGACAGGAACCAAUCACAGUGCUCAGUGUCCUGGAUUAAGACCCAGAGACUCUUCUGCAGCUGCAGCUCCAUCGUUGCUUUUAAACCUCCUCAUUUAUUCAUCCCUUCAUGUCAAAGUGUUUCUUUUCCCAUCUCAUUCAGACAGGAUUUAAUAUUUCAGACAGAGCAGGUGAUGAAAUAUUAGUCUGAUACUCACACACCUGCAGCUGCUGGUCCAGGAUCUGGUCUGGGUUCUGGAGCCAUGAAGGGUUUUUUGUUUUUUCCUGAGGUUUAUAAAUUCAUAUUUAGUUCUUAAACAUGGGGUUCACAUCCAGAUCAGCCAUCACGCACUGCAAGAAACAUCACAUACAUACAGAGGAUUCACAGAUAAACGUGUGGGUGCUGAAAUCAGUAAAAGAAGAAACCGCACGAGAAGGAGAGAGUGCAGGAGGAGGAUUAAAAGCCUGCAGUGAAAUCCUGUCUGAAUGAGCUUUUAUUAUGAAAGAAAAAGAAGACCAGCAGGAUUUUCACAAUAAACUGGUCGUCAGAGAGACAGAAAGCUGCAGGUCAGCAGCUGAUUAAUUCGACCCUCACUUUUCUGUCUGUCUGUGAGGAGCCCGUGAUUUCAUACUGUACAGCCAAAAGUACGUGGACGGCACCGGCUGGGUGUAGCCAAAUAUUUAGCAUCUUGUUGUCUGUUAAAGAAGAAACUCCCAGUUUCCAUCUGUUGUGUGCAAAGAUGAUGUGAUGAUGAUAUAAUGACGUGUUCAUUAUUUAGACGAAGGUGGUUUUUUCCAGGUUAAAUGAAAUAUUAAUGACAUUUCUUAUUUUAUAAAGACUGAAAGUUUUAUCUUGAAAUACAUCACUUGUUUUACUUUAUACUGAUGAUGUAAUUACACAACUUUUUGAAAUAUUUUAAGGUGUUGCUGAAAGAUUAUUUUUGCGGUUUAAAAGUUCGUCUUGAGAAACGUCAUCAGUCCUUUUGGGCGUUUGUGGUGAUUUUACAGUUUAGUUCCAAAUAAAUGUAUUUUUAAGGGAUUUGUCGUGUUUGUGUUUUAACACAAACAGCUGCAUGUUACGCUGUCAUGUGUGUACAGCUGUCCACAUACUUUUGGCCAUAAACUGUUUCUAUAUUUACUGUGUUUAUAAAGUUGAUGUGAUCGUCAUUUCUGCACUGACAAUAAAGGUCUUGUUUCUGUUAAA